AUGGCAGCUUCCCUUCGUUCUCGACGGGCAAUUCCACGCCUUGCUGCCUACACUCCAGCACCAGCAACAAGACGCACGUUCCUGCGAACAACCUCCCAACCUCCUGGUGUCUGCAUCCUCUGUCAACUGUACCCAUCACGCGCCGCGACACAGCAACAACGCCGCUCCUUCACCUCGACACCCUACACACCCAACCAUAACAACUCCCCGACCUCGGAGCCUCUCAACAAUGAUAGCAAUACCAGUAGCAGUCACAGCACCGUAAACGGGGCCCCCGAUACAACCAACCACUACACGAUCUUCCCCAAAACCCUCCCCUCCGGCCCGCCGCCCGCAUCCCCCUUCGCCAUCCCACCCAGCGACCUCCGGCGCGAGUUCCUCCAACUGCAAAACCUCAUCCACCCCGACAAGUACCCGUCGGGUCCUCGGAAGCAGCACGCCGAGGCGCUCUCCGCCCGCAUCAACGAAGCCUACCGCACGAUUCUGGAUCCGCUGCGGCGCGCGCAGUACCUUCUCCGCGAACUGCACGGGAUCGACGUCACGGCGGAGGAUGGGGCGUCGCAUCACCCGCUCGACCCGGAGCUGCUGAUGGAGGUCAUGGACGUGCAGGAGAUGAUCGAGGAGGUGGGAGCGGAGCCGGACGCGGAGGCGCGGAUCGCCGAGCUGAAGACGGAGAAUGACACGAGGAUCGCCGAGUGUGUCGGUCGGCUGGGGCGGGCGUUUGAUGCUGGGGAUAUCGAGGUGGCGCGACACGAGUGUGUCCGGCUGAAGUUUUGGUAUAGUGUUGGCGACGGCCUGCGGGAGUGGGAGCCCGGCGCGACGCAGAUUCGGCUGGUUCAUUGA